GGCCGGGGGGGGGGUUCUCCAGCUGGGCCCCGCCCCCCGGGCAGCCCCGGGCCGGAGACCGCAGGAUAUUGGGGUUGAGCUUCCUGGGUGAGACGCUGCUACCUGCAUUGUGAUCUGGGAGCCCAGACUGAGCAGCUGCUGCUCCCCCGGUGGGGUCUGGGCUCGGGAGUGACUUGGAGUGAAGCUUCCUCUGUGCCCAGGCAAGGCCUAGAGAUUGGAAGCAAUCGAUGGUGAGUUGUGUGAAGCGGAGGGCUUUGUCGAACGUGGAGGCCUUGAGAAGGCAAUCGUCGAGGGUUUCCAGUUUCCAAACUGGAUGUGAUGUCACAUCUGGAACGAGAGGAAGAGUUGUGGAUCCCAGACCUCCAGGGCUCUGAGAAAGAAGUGCUCCCAAGAGCUGCCUGCACAGGGAGUGACCUACGUCUGGAUUCUCUCUGUCACCCAUCAGGUGAUGAGAUGGUGAGUGAGAAUGAGGAGGAGAAACCCCGGCAGCAGGAUGCUGAGCAAGUAGAACCACCUGGGACAUUAUCAGGAAGAUCCAAAGGGAAUGUUUCUGGGAGUUGUGCACUCCCAGAAAAAUCAAAAGCCUGUAAGACUCGGCCGAUGCCAGAGGAAAACAUGAGUAGCCACUCAGACCUUAUUACUCAUGAGAGCAUCAACGUGGAAGAGACACACUACACAUGCCAUGAGUGUGGGAAAAGCUUCAAUGGGAGCUCAGACCUUUUCACACAUCAGAGAAUCCAUAGAAGAGAGAAACCCUACAUGUGCUCUGAGUGCGGGAAAAGCUUCAGUCGGAGCUCAGCCCUUAUCACACAUUGUAGAAUCCACACAGGAGAGAAACCCUACACGUGCACUGAGUGCGGGAAGCGCUUCAGUUGGAGCUCAAACCUUUUCAAACAUCAGAGAAUCCACACAGGUGAGAAACCUUAUGGAUGCUCUGAGUGUGGGAAACACUUCACUGAUAGUUCAACCCUCAUCUCACAUCAGCAAAUCCACACAGGAGAGACGCCCUACACGUGCUCUGAGUGCGGGAAAACCUUCAAUCAGCGCUCAAACCUUAAUAGACAUCAGAAAAUCCACACAGGAGAGACACCCUACACAUGCUCCGAGUGUGGGAAAAGCUUCAAUUAUAGCUCAGACCUUAUCACACAUCAGAGAAUCCAUACAGGAGAGAUGCCCUACACGUGCUCUGAGUGUGGGAAAAGCUUCAAUCGGAACUCAAACCUUAUCACACAUUGUAGAAUCCACACAGGAGAGAUGCCCUACACCUGCUCUGAGUGUGGGAAAAGCUUUAAUCAGCAUUCACACCUUAUCAGACAUUGUGGAAUCCACACAGGAGAGACGCCCUACACAUGCUCUGAAUGUGGGAAAAGCUUCAGUCGGAGCUCACACCUUAUCACGCAUCGGAGAAUCCAUACAGGAGAGAUGCCCUACACAUGCUCUGAAUGUGGGAAAAGCUUCAAUCACAGCUCAAACCUUAUUAGACAUCAGAAAAUCCAUCUGAGAGAGAACUGUAAUAAAUGCCUUGACUAGGGCUGGCCAAAGAUUUUUUUUUUUAAUUCCAUUUGCUAAUUCGCACAUAGUGAUCUUUGCACCGUCUUCACCGUAGUGUCUCAGCUCCCCCUGAUAAGUUGCCUGCUUCUGCCUUUUGCAGCUCACCCUUCUUUGGGGUCAGUCCUGUGAUAUGUUCUAUCAACUACUUUCCUUUUGAGUCGUAGGAGUGUGUGUCCCUCCUGCCAGGAACGUUCAUCAGCCGCAGGUGGGAGCGAGAUCCCAAGAAGCUACACUGAGGCAAAAACUACCUGAGCCUUCCAUCCACUAGAGCUGUAUAUGGCGUUGGCUGCUCAAGUUAGUGAUCUUGGUGUAACAAGACAAUUAUAGUUGUUGUGCAGAUGCAGCCCAGUUGCAGUGGUUGGCAUUAGCUUCCCCCUUGACCUGACCUAAACACUUGUCAGAAAAAACGACCGGUUCCUUUUGCAAGCAUUUGCAUUGCAAGGCAGAGGCAGAAGCAGUCUUCUCUGUUUCCUCAAAAGACUGACCAAAAGGUGGUCAGAGCGGACACAUUUGACAAGGCACCACUGGAUGCUGCAUCCCUAACCUCCACUUUACCUGGCAGGUGCCUUGGCCAGCUUAGCCACGGUGCCACUCUGAGACUUUUCUCCCAACUGCUCCAUUUUUUAUUAAUGAGAAUGAAAAGGAAGGUGACAGAAGAGUAUUGCCUAUAAGGAUCUCUGUGCAUAGACAUCCCCAGCAAAUCCCAAGGAUGUGACACAGGCUCUUCUGUUGCAGCAGUUGCAGUUGAAGCAACCACUUUGCUGAUAGCAGCCUUUUCAUCAACUCCACACUUGUGAUUUGAUUCUUUUCAACGCUUCUCUCUAAAGAAGCCUUUUCCUUGGCAAUCCCAGUAAUUGCUUGAUAAGGGAGGUCUCUUCUGUUUCCUAGAAAGGCAUAGGAAAACGUGAGUGGAGGAGACUGAAAGCCAUUAGGAAACCAAGGCACCACUGGGAGUUGAACCCAGGAUCUCCUGUUUACUAGACAGGUGCUUUAGCCAGCUAAGCAAUGGUGCCUGCCUCAAAAAACUGCUUUCAGCUGUUCCACAUGAUGGUCCAGGACAACGCCUGGAAAUUCCAAAGUACAGACGUUCCCCAUUUCCCUCAAGACUUGCAGACCUUGAGGUAUCUGUCUCUCUGUGCACAGAAAGCCACAGCUGAGUUGACAGAGGGCUUCUAACAUGUGCUUCUCCCACCAGUCA